UUUAAUGUAGCAAAAAAAGAUGUCUGCGCCCGGUAGAAGGAUGGCGAGUGUAACUCUCUCACAUUUUCGUUCUUGCUUUAGCAGGACAGCAGUUGGGAGCGCUGGGUUUCGUCACUUGUCCAGCACUUCUGUGUGUCGAGUGACUUUGCAAACCAAAAGUGGAACGGAAAAACCUUCGUCUCCGUGGACUCUGAUGGCAGCCGUGUGUCUGCAAAGGCUUCCGGUCAUUUCAGCGGACUGCAGCCCGAUAGAGCAGCAGUUCAGACAAAUGAUGCAGCGGAUGGAGCUGGAGAAAAGCCUGCUGUCGGACCACGAGCUGCGGCUGCUGGAGGACUCUGAGAGGAUAAGUCGCAAGCAGGCGGACGAUUACGACUCGGAUGAGGAAGAAAACCGCGGCGACCAGGAGAUCGUGCUGGCUCAGGACCUGGAAGACUCUUGGGAGCAGAAGCUUCAAAAGUUCCAGCCGGGGCUGAGGGUCAACGCCGAUGCGGAUGAGGACUUGACCUCGUUGGAGCGCUGCCUGGCCGACCCGCUGGUCCUCGUGGCCGAGCAGCAGGUCGGCGGCGACAAGCUGUGGCUGCUGCCUCAGACGCGGUGGCAGGAAGGAGAGACGCUGCGGCAGACGGCUGAGCGAGCCCUCGCUUCCCUGCCAGCGGCCGGCCUCAAGGCGACUUUCCUGGGCAACGCCCCCUGCGGCGUCUACAAGUACAAAUUGCCCAAAGCCGCUCGGACGGAGAGCGCGGUGGGAACGAAGGUGUUCUUCUUCAAAGCCAUCCUGUCAGACGGCGGCGCCCCCGCAGCACCGAGCGCUUCUCUCCUGUGGGCGAAGAAGAGCGAGCUGCAGCGCUACCUGAAGCCGGCCUACAUGAUGAAGGUCGAGCGCUUCGUCCUCGCCCUGUGACACCCGGACAUUGAGCGUGGACACGGAGCGAUUCUUUGUGAGACCCAGGAAGUUCCCCGUGUAGUUUAUCUGUCGUCUCGUAUCAUAAAGAGUUCUUUUGUUCGAUACGCGUGUUGUAUGAAUGCAUUUGUUUUGCCGACACACAUUGUGGAAGCUCCAAGUUUGCAAAACCCUCAGACGUCUUCUCUGCCUUACAUGUCUAUGUAAUAUCUAUUCUCGAAAUGAAACCGGAAUUUUCAGUCCAUAAAUCUGAAAACAGCGGGUCCCUCUUUUGCAAAAGAUGCUCAGAUAGUUCAAGCUCAUUCAAAGUGUAAUUUUUAAAUAGUAAAUAUUAAAGUAAAUUACUCACAAUCCCCUGCGCCUCGCCCCAGUAGCGAGUCUGAGGGGAUAAGGAGCCGUGUCCCAAUCCCAUGCACGUGUCGUCACAAUGAGCUCAACAUGUGCUGUUUGUCAUAUACAACGAUAUCGGGAAUGUUGUAAGAUUUUACUCUCCGCUGAAGACAUUAUAGCGGUUUACUGCCACUGUUUGGGCCCGGCAGCCCUGCGGAAGGUGAUCUCUGGCUCUCCGGCACGUGCCCGUUGUCCAGCAGCAGAUGGCAGUCUUGGCACAGGAGGAGGCCGGUGAGGAGCCCUGUCAUUACGCCUGUGUGUGGUGACCUCAGAGGUGGACUGCAGAGCGGGCUCUUCUGAUCAAGUUGGCUGCCUCUUACUCGUACUGAAAAUAUCCAUCGUAGCGGGCGGAUGUUCCUCUGCAAUAGCUACGAUAAUUUGUCUUGGGUGAGAGCAUUGUGAUGUUCCCGACAGCCUCUCGGAUCAGCCUGUUCUUUCUAUUUGUGUCUGCAGGGACAAGGGGUUAUUAAUGUUGGAGACUUUGGCUUUAGAUUUUUUUUCCGUCUUUAUUUUUUCGAGUCUCGGUGAAGGUCCUGAACGCCGGCCUGCUCCGUCCGUGGAGAUGUGAAGGUCAGGGGUAAAAAAGGUAAUAAACGCCAUAUCUAACUGUCAUGGCCUUUAUUAUCUGACACUUUGGUCUGCACACAGAACCGGAGCUUCUUCUCCUGCCGCCCUCCGUCCGGGUUACGGUCCAUGCGACAAAUAGAGGUGCAAUCGCGUGUGCAAAAAAGAGCAACAGCCCCUGCUUUCAUCACCGAGGGGAGUGUGAUGAAAGCGUCCUGUCCCAGGUUGUAAUGGAAGGUCUAAGAGGAUGGGGAAAUUGGCUGGCGAUCAGAAGGUUGUCAGUCUGAAUCCUGCAAGCAGGAGGCAGGUUAAAGGGAGCGAAUGUAAACAGUGCACAGUUACUGUCGCUGAACUGCUCAGAAGGGAAGACUAAAGGAGAGAAGAGACGGGAGGAAAUAACUCAAGAAAUGCUUCUACCAAUAAGUCCAAUUAACAGUCUAAUCUGAAGGAGCUUUGCUCUUCCGAUAACGUCCUCAUUCAGGGUCCAGUCGAGAUGCAUUGUGGGAAGUGUUGUCUCAAAUGUCGACCAUUAUCUUUUUCACAUUUGGCUGGUUACUCCCCCCAAUUUCAUAGAAUUACCUAGAGGACUUUUAAAGGGAAACGGUUAUUUGACCGAAUCCCUUCUAAUGAUACCUCACUAUAGUCAAGAGUCUCAUAUUCUAGAAACAUGUAAUAAAUUCGUCUCCCAGCCAAAACCAACCAAAAAUGUACUAUAUCCACUAUUUUUGAGAGCCAAUUAUACCUGAUAUUUGUGCAUCAAUUAGGAAGAACCGAAGAUUGGUCAAGGUGAAAGAAGUAAUCCUGUUGAGUUUACAUCCUGCGGUGCAUCUAAUCGUUCUCCAGCUGUUAAAACCACAACACAACACAUGCUGAGGAUGACUAUUCUCCACCUGUCACCUAAAAAGAGGCAAAGUUUGGCCUGAUAUCACCAUGGGACUAUUCAUUUUAAAAGCAUUUUAUUCAUACCAAGCCAGAGUACAAAUCUUCUACAUUGGAAUCUGAAUGGCGAAAUAAUUAGGGAUGCUCUGACUGCAAUCAGGAAUCCCCGGCAAAAGAAAUAAAAAUAGGCGCCUUGCCACUGUCACAGGCCACAUGGCUGCCGACAGGUCGAGGUAGAAGAUCACAGCUUCUUACCUUCUCCUCCUGCCCGAAGCUGGACGCCACAGCCUGCCUCUUCGUCCAAUUAGAGAGCACAUCACAGCACAGGGAUGACAAAUGUCAAAAGAAAGGUCUUGCAGUUCUUCGGCACUGGUAAAGGGUAAAAGAGAGACUGUAUGUGGAGAUUGCGGUGCGGAGGGACCCUCGGACGUAUUUCAGACCCCCCUCCACCCCCCCACCCCUGCAACAGUUGCACACAGUAGAGGAUGUCACAUUCACACUGGCCUCGUUCUCUUUGGGGAUUUGAAACUGAUUUUAAAGCAGCCGCUGACACAUUCUGAACCUUAUUCUUGAUGAUCCUUUGAAGUUCCAUGCAAUGAGUGAGACCCUGCCAGGCUCAGGGGCUCAGCUCCAUCACCGUGUCCCGAUCUAAUAAUAGCACACUCACUUAUGCCACUGCCGGGCCCCGUCUGGGCCACAAGCACAGGACCAAAUGACCAACUGUAUAUUCUCUUCAGUGUUACACAACAUUUCUAUAUAAAUAUCUGUGAAAAUCCGAUCCCCUUCCUCAAAUAAACCUCCUUUGCACACUG